AUGCAGCUGAGCCAGACGCCCGCGGGAGGCUUGGACCGGGCCCCUGUGGUGUGUGUUGGCAGAGACCCCGGCAGCCUUUGCAAAACACAGGAGCGGUUCAUUAGUCCCCUGGCUACAGACUCCUCAGGUCAAUCCCUUAUCUGCUCACCCAACCCCUCCCCGCAUCUCAUCCCCCCUUCCCUGUGUUGCAGGCCUGACAAGGGGCUCAAGCUGGCCCCUGUGUCCCCCACCCACACCGUGCUGCUCAAUGACACCUGGAAGUUUGGGAGGAACAGCUGGAGCCUCCGCUACCUGAGCUUCCUGAUCCGCCACUUCCCCAGUGCCUGCCUGCUGGCCCCUGAGGGGACCCCCAUCUCCUGGUCCCUCACCGACCCGCUGGCUGUCCUGACACACAGUUACACCCUCCCAGAGCAUCGUGGCCAGCAUCAUCUGCGGUCCGUGGUGGGGAUGCUGGCGGCACAGUUGCACGACCACGGCUUCCCUGUUUACACCCAGGUGCUGCUCAAUAAUGAGCCUUAGCUGCACAACGUGCAACGCCUCGGCUUCCGCAUCCUGCCUGGGGUGUUCUACCU